CCCGCUGGCCUCGGAGCAGGCGCCCGCGCCCUCGGCCUCGGCCUAGUCAUGCUCCUCCCGGGCGCGCAGCGGCUGCGGGGCAUCCUGCUGCGGAGCUGCGGGUCGCUGGGCUCCCCCGGGCGCCCGCGCUCGAUCUGCGGCCGGGAAGGAGAGGAAAAACUACCUUUAUCUGCAGAAACACGGUGGAAAGACAGAGCAGAAACAGUGAUAAUUGGAGGUGGCUGUGUUGGUGUGAGUCUGGCUUAUCACCUCGCCAAAGCGGGGAUGAAAGAUGUGGUCCUGCUGGAGAAAUCAGAGCUCACGGCUGGAUCUACCUGGCAUGCAGCAGGUUUAACAACUUAUUUUCAUCCUGGAAUAAACUUGAAGAAAAUACAUUAUGAUAGCAUCAAACUUUAUGAGAAAUUGGAAGAAGAAACAGGGCAGGUGGUGGGAUUCCAUCAGCCAGGUAGUAUCAGACUUGCUACAACGCCUGUAAGGGUAGACGAAUUUAAAUAUCAAAUGACUCGGACUGGCUGGCAUGCAACAGAACAGUAUAUCAUUGAACCUGAAAAAAUUCAAGAGAUGUUCCCUUUACUCAACAUGAAUAAGGUUUUAGCUGGAUUGUAUAAUCCUGGAGAUGGUCACAUUGAUCCUUAUUCUCUAACUAUGGCUCUGGCUGCUGGAGCUAGGAAAUAUGGUGCCCUUUUAAAAUAUCCUGCACCAGUAACUUCUCUGAAACCCAGGUCAGAUGGAACAUGGGACGUUGAAACACCACAGGGGUCUGUGAGAGCAAAUAGAAUUGUGAAUGCUGCAGGAUUUUGGGCUCGUGAAGUAGGUAAAAUGAUUGGACUAGAACAUCCUCUCAUUCCGGUUCAACAUCAGUAUGUUGUUACGUCAACUAUACCUGAAGUGAAAGCUUUGAAACGAGAACUCCCUGUGCUCCGUGACCUGGAAGGAUCAUUUUACCUCCGACAAGAAAGGGAUGGGCUUUUGUUUGGUCCAUAUGAAAGUCAGGAGAAAAUGAAAGCUCAGGACUCCUGGGUCACCAAUGGAGUUCCUCCAGGUUUUGGAAAGGAACUCUUUGAGUCUGAUCUAGAUCGAAUCAUGGAACACAUCGAAGUUGCCAUGGAAAUGGUUCCUGUCUUAAAAAAGGCUGACAUCAUCAAUGUCGUCAAUGGUCCUAUCACGUAUUCUCCUGACAUUCUGCCUAUGGUGGGGCCCCAUCAGGGGGUCAGAAACUACUGGGUGGCCAUAGGCUUUGGAUAUGGCAUAAUCCACGCUGGUGGGGUAGGGAAAUAUCUCAGUGACUGGAUCCUGCAUGGAGAACCUCCUUUUGACCUAAUAGAAUUGGAUCCCAAUCGCUAUGGCAAAUGGACAACAACCCAGUACACUGAGGCCAAAGCAAGAGAAUCAUAUGGAUUCAACAAUAUUGUUGGUUACCCUAAAGAAGAACGGUUUGCUGGGAGGCCGACUCAGCGAGUCAGUGGGCUGUACCAAAGCCUGGAGUCUAAGUGUUCCAUGGGGUUCCAUGCUGGCUGGGAGCAGCCACAUUGGUUCUACAAACCAGGCCAGGACACUCAGUACAGGCCAAGUUUUCGCCGCACAAACUGGUUUGAGCCUGUGGGCUCUGAGUAUAAACAGGUUAUGCAAAGAGUAGGGGUGAUUGACCUAACACCAUUUGGCAAGUUUAACAUCAAAGGCCGAGAUUCCAUUCGACUAUUGGACCAUCUCUUUGCAAAUAUCAUUCCAAAGGUGGGUUUUACAAAUAUAAGUCACAUGUUAACACCCAAAGGUCGAGUGUAUGCUGAGUUGACUGUUUCUCACCAAUCUCCUGGGGAGUUUCUAUUAAUAACUGGCUCUGGAUCAGAACUUCAUGAUCUUAGAUGGAUUGAAGAAGAGGCAGUCAAAGGUGGGUAUGAUGUUGAAAUUAAAAACAUAACCGAUGAGCUUGGAGUCCUUGGAGUUGCUGGUCCACGUGCAAGAAAGGUCCUUCAGAAGCUGACCUCUGAAGAUCUUAGUGAAGAUGUUUUCAAGUUUCUUCAAACCAAGUCCUUAAAGAUUUCCAACAUUCCUGUCACUGCUAUUAGGAUAUCUUAUACUGGUGAACUGGGUUGGGAGCUGUACCACAGAAGAGAAGACUCUGUGGCGCUGUAUGACAUGAUCAUGAAUGCAGGCCAGGAGGAGGGAAUCGACAAUUUUGGAACCUAUGCCAUGAAUGCCUUACGCCUGGAGAAAGCCUUCAGAGCCUGGGGGUCCGAGAUGAACUGUGAUACAAAUCCUUUGGAAGCUGGACUGGAAUAUUUUGUGAAGUUAAAUAAGCCAGCAGAUUUCAUAGGAAAGCAAGCACUGAAACAGAUUAAAGCCAAGGGGCUGAAACGAAGACUGGUGUGCCUCACCUUGGCAACGGAUGAUGUUGAUCCAGAGGGAAAUGAAAGCAUCUGGUACAAUGGCAAGGUGGUUGGCAACACGACAUCUGGAAGCUAUAGCUACAGCAUCCAGAAGAGUCUGGCUUUCGCAUAUGUCCCUAUAGAACUAAGUGAAGUGGGACAACAAGUGGAAGUUGAACUAUUAGGCAAAAAUUACCCAGCAGUCAUCAUACAAGAGCCUUUGGUAUUGACUGAACCAACCAGAAACCGGCUUCAGAAAAAAGGUGGAAAGGACAAAACUUAAAAAAGACCUUUAGCUGUCAACUGAAUUUGAGUUGCUAAUGACUGUCUUUGAAAUUAUUAUAAUUGGUUUCCAGGGGAGUCAAGGAAACCAGAAAUUUAUUUCAAAAUCGUCAAAGCCUAGAUUUAGAAUCUUAAAGAUACCUUUCUGUUAAGUGUUUUCUAAGCAAGACAGAAUAAUAGAUAAAUGAUUUAUAUUGUUCUUUUAAAUGAAGAAAUUUGAAAUGAAUUUUUUUUAUUACCCCACAUUACCCAAUCGGCAAAACAUUUAGGUGUUUGCCAAUACAUACGAUCAUUACUAUAACUGAGUUAAAGGACAUUUUAUAAUUUUAGUAACAAAUGCAUGUGGUUCUUGAUAGCCAAAAACAAAUUAAUAAAUUAUCUUUUACAUAAAAACAUAUAAAAUAUCGCUGAUGGAUUUACUUCACUGAGAAACCUUUCCUUAGAUGAAUAAAUAAUCGUUUUAAUUUUUCAUGAUAUAUCUGUGAUGAAAAUAGUAAAAUUUAACAUUGACAUAUAGCCAACAUUUUAAUUCAAUUCUCUGAAAUAUUUAUCAUUUUCUUAAUGACUUCCCUGAAAGGAGCUUUAUAGGACAUUAUUAUUGUCCUUUUAAAGGUUGUUUUAGAAGAGAAAUUGCAAGAAAGAACAGAGUCUUCUAAAGGAAGCGGUACUUGUAAACUUUUAGAAAUGAAGCUGAAACAUAAAUAGAUUGUGCCAGUACAAACACAAUUUGAAUACUGAACACCUCUCUGUGGGAAAGGAUUAAUGCAAGUUGACAUCACAUGGUGCCAUUCUGAAUAUCAUUUCACAAAGCAUUUGACAAAGCAGAUCAAACACAAGCUUCAGAGCUGACAGAUUGUCCUUAGCGCUAGGUACAGCAAGAAAAACAAUCCAUUUAGAAAUUAUUCUUUGAUAUACUUUUUGAAAUCAUCUGGGUGUAGUUGACUGAAUAAAUCAAUUUUUUUGUAAAGGGUGUUUUAUCAUUUAUAAUUAAUUUAUACACACAUACAUUUGUUAUACAUUUAUAGAACUUUUCCUAAGCAUUAAAAAAAACCCAAAUGUGAAGCAUAAGAUUGUGUAAUUUGAAUAAAGUUUAAAAUGAUUUCUUAACUCGUAUGUUUUGAAAAGGUGCCAAAUUUACAUUUUAAAUGUUUUAUAACAGUAGUUACAUAUUAGAACUUUUCACAGGUUAAUUUUUCUUUGGCAUAUCCUCUUAGAUGAGAAAAGAAAGAAAUCCCUUUGAUGAUAAACAAAUUUCCUAAUUAUUGGGAAUAUUA